GCGAGCUCCCGUCUGGGGGUUUAUUUUGCUUUGGGACACUCCAUCCGGCGCCUCCAUUAGGCGAGCCAGGAGAGCUCGCUGUCCCUGGCCCUCUUCACUUACCCCCCCCCCUUUUGGCCAAAGUGGUAUCGCCCUCCCUUCGACUUCCCUCAUCCUUUUGCCCGCCCAGAGCCGGAAGAAACCAUGUCCUGAGCGCGCGCGGGGGGGAGGCCGGGGUGGGUGGGCGGCUGAGGGGAAUGGGCCGCAGCUGCUGCCGCUGAGGAGGAGGAGGCCGCCGCCGCGGGAUUACAAGAGCGGCCCUGAAAGCUUUCUGCCUGGAACAAUCUACUUCAAGGAGUGCAGGAUGACAGAACGUGGAAUAAAAUGGGCUUGUGAGUAUUGUACAUAUGAAAACUGGCCCUCUGCAAUCAAGUGUACCAUGUGCCGUGCUCAAAGACCUAGUGGAACUAUUAUUACAGAAGAUCCAUUCAAGAGCGGCUCCAGUGAUGUUGGUAGAGACUGGGAUCCUGCAAGUGUUGAAGGAGGCAGCAGCCCUUUGAUAUGCCCAGAUUCCAGUGCAAGACCAAGAGUAAAAUCAUCCUACAGUAUGGAAAGUGCAAAUAAGUGGUCAUGCCACAUGUGCACAUACUUGAACUGGCCUCGUGCAAUACGAUGCACUCAGUGCUUGUCUCAACGUAGGACCAGGAGCCCCACAGAAUCCCCUCAGUCUUCAGGGUCUGGUUCAAGACCAGCUCCUUUCUCUGUGGAUCCUUGUGAGGAGUACAAUGAUAGAAAUAAACUGAACAUGAGGACCCAGCAUUGGACUUGUUCUGUUUGUACAUAUGAAAAUUGGGCUAAGGCCAAAAAGUGUGUUGUGUGUGAUCAUCCAAGACCCAACAACAUUGAAGCAAUAGAAUUGGCAGAAACAGAGGAAGCUUCUUCAAUAAUAAAUGAGCAAGAUAGAACUCGAUGGAGGGGAAGCUGUAGUAGUGGUAAUAGCCAAAGAAGAUCCCCUCCUACAACCAAACGGGAAUCUGAAAUGAAAAUGGACUUUCAGAGAAUUGAGCUGGCUGGAGCUGUUGGUAGUAAAGAAGAACUUGAAGUUGACUUCAAAAAAUUAAAGCAAAUAAAGAACAGAAUGAAGAAGACUGACUGGUUAUUUCUCAACGCUUGUAUUGGGGUGGUAGAAGGUGACCUAGCUGCUAUUGAGGCAUACAAAUCAUCAGGAGGAGAUAUUGCACGACAGCUUACUGCAGAUGAAGUACGUUUGUUAAAUCGUCCUUCUGCUUUUGAUGUGGGAUACACACUUGUUCAUCUUGCUAUACGUUUUCAAAGACAAGAUAUGUUAGCAGUUCUACUAACAGAAGUAUCCCAGCAUGCAGCCAAGUGUAUUCCAGCAAUGGUGUGCCCAGAGCUUACUGAACAAAUCCGGCGUGAAAUUGCUGCUUCUCUUCAUCAGCGGAAGGGAGAUUUUGCUUGCUAUUUCCUAACUGAUCUUGUAACGUUUACGUUACCUGCAGAUAUUGAAGACUUGCCACCAACAGUUCAAGAGAAACUAUUUGAUGAAGUACUUGAUAGAGAUGUUCAGAAAGAACUAGAAGAAGAAUCUCCCAUUAUAAACUGGUCACUGGAACUGGGUACGCGUUUAGACAGUAGACUUUAUGCACUUUGGAAUCGAACUGCAGGGGACUGCCUGCUUGAUUCAGUACUACAAGCUACCUGGGGCAUUUAUGACAAGGAUUCGGUGCUACGUAAAGCUCUUCAUGACAGUUUACAUGAUUGUUCCCAUUGGUUCUAUACACGAUGGAAAGAGUGGGAGUCUUGGUACUCUCAAAGCUUUGGUUUACACUUCUCAUUGAGAGAAGAGCAAUGGCAGGAAGACUGGGCAUUUAUACUUUCUCUUGCCAGUCAGCCUGGAGCGAGUUUGGAACAGACACACAUUUUUGUACUUGCACAUAUUCUUAGAAGACCAAUUAUAGUUUAUGGAGUAAAAUAUUAUAAGAGUUUCAGGGGAGAAACUUUAGGGUAUACUCGUUUUCAAGGUGUCUAUUUGCCUUUAUUGUGGGAACAGAGUUUUUGUUGGAAAAGCCCUAUUGCUCUGGGCUACACGAGGGGCCACUUCUCUGCUUUGGUUGCCAUGGAGAAUGAUGGCUAUGGCAAUCGAGGUGCUGGUGCUAACUUGAAUACUGAUGAUGAUGUUACUAUUACUUUUUUACCAUUGGUUGACAGUGAAAGGAAGCUGCUACACAUUCACUUCCUGUCUGCUCAAGAGAUUGGUAAUGAGGAGCAGCAGGAGAGGCUGCUCAGGGAGUGGCUGGACUGUUGCGUGACGGAGGGUGGAGUCCUUGUUGCUAUGCAGAAAAGCUGUCGGCGGCGCAACCACCCUUUGGUAACGCAGAUGGUAGAGAAAUGGCUUGACCGUUAUAGACAAAUCCGCCCCUGCACAUCCCUUUCAGAUGGAGAAGAAGAUGAAGAUGACGACGAUGAAUGAUGAAAUUGAGAUACCUGACUGCAUAUAACGUGUGGUGACAACCCCAGCACUUGGGGUGCAGUCUAGCAAAUUGUUACAAGAUGACCCAGUUAUAGCGGGAUGAAUCCUGCACAGGAUUUUUAAUCAGCAUGGGGAGAAUUCAGAAGCUCUUCGGCUGUGUGAAGACAGCUAUAUCGAUUGGACUACCGUUUGUUUAAAAAAAAAGCAAGGAAAAAGAAAACAAAGCCCUACUUUUAUUACCAGGACAGAAAACAUAUUUCUUUCCAAUUGUACAUCUGCCUAUAAAUGUACCGCAUGUGGUUGUGUAAGAAGGUUGUGUAAUAGGAAAAAGUAUUACCAGCAUCUUAAAAUUAUUGGAGAAAUUUGUUUUGAAUAAGGGCACUUAAAAAGCACAUCAUAGAUGAGUAUCUGUUCCUUUUUCUUUUUCGGCUUACAGUAAAACUUGGUUAUUCUGCAUCACUUUUUAAGCAUUCUGAUACAUCUCCUUCAACGUUAAUUUCAUAUGAAAUCUUGCUAAUGCCCAGGUCAGAUCAUGUGGCUUUUUUGUUGGUGGUGCCAUAUAUCCAGAAUAAGUUAGAAAUAUAAACAAAUUUACUGUUUUAUUGAGAUUUGAAUUAAUGUUGUGCCCACAAUAAUAAAAUGAUAUAUUAAAGGGAAAGAAACUAUGGAAGGGAUGAUGAAUUUUGAUUUUGUUUUCUGUAAAGGCUUCUCUGCUGUCCAUUAAUAUUUUGUAUCAUUUCUUUUGGGUAGUUUUUCCCCUUCCCGUCUACUUAAAAUAGUCAAAGAAGUACUGUUCCAGAGAACUAUUAUGCUAAACAAUUGUGUGGCGUUUGCUAAACUGAACUUUAAAAAUGCAUUUUGUUCAAACCCGGUAUUGCUGUGAGUUGUACAGUAGAGAUUAAUACUAAAUCAAGCCUCCCCCCAUGCCAGUUAAAAUAGCCUCCAUCGAGGAGCACUCCUUGGUCAUUAAACACGAGUGAGAAAGCACUUUGGCCAUUUUCCUUAAAAAGCCUUCCUUCUGAAGUUUGUUUUAAGUACUGUAUAUUAUCUUUUCUUGAUAUGUAAACUUUGGAAUUUUUUGCAUGUUGAUUGUGGCCACUUUUGAAUAUGUAAGUUUCCUGAAAGUAUACGUUCAGAAUAUAUUCUCCAGUAGGAAAAAAAAAUCUUUUUAUUAUACUUGAUAACUUUAGCCAUGCUAUCUUGAAUGGGUAUAGCCUAUCUAAAACCUCACUUUAAAAACACUAAAGGUUGAAUAGUUUUGUAAGCAGAUCCUGAUAAGCACUUUUUGAAGACUAAUGAUGGUGGAAAUGAUGACAAGGAGUAUCUAGCAAAAUGGAUUUCCUUGUUUAGGAAUCUGGACAGUUAUACAUGCAGUUAUACACACACAUUUUUACAUAGUUGUAAAAAAAAAACACAACAACCCUGGAACUCAUCAGAAUUUGCUGCUUUUCUAAAUGUGGCUUAGUGUUGAAAACCUAAAAAAAAUUCCUAAUGACAGAUCUCCACUAAAAUUUCAUUAAGGUACUAACACAGAAGAAACGCAUUAAUAUAACCUUUCCCACUUCUGACACAAGCAUAUCAUGUGCGUGUAUAUGUGUGUAUUUUGUUGUGGGUUCUCUCAAUGCAUGCAUACAUUAUUAAAUACAAAUGCAUGUUUGCCUGUGAUGGGUUAAACUUCCUAAGCAGUAGAAUAAUUGGGUUUCUCUUCCAGUUACAGAUUCUGCUUUAAUGUACAAUCAUAAUUCUUUCUAAAUACAGGCAUAAAGUUAGUACCUUACAUUUUUGCCUACCUUACAUACUUCACAGUAAAAUUCCCACAUGCCUGGACCAGUAAAGUAAGCUAGAUGAUUGUGAUUGUGGGAGGAGGUAGUUACUUGAAAUGAUUCAACUUGUGUGCCCCAAAUCUGAGUCACAGUUUACCUUAAAUUGCUGUUUCCAGCAAGAUACACCUUUUUCACUUUCAGUAGUGCGAUCAUAAUAGGUGAAAAUGACUAAAUUAGUAGCCAUGUUAUCCCACUGCAGUAACAAACCCUUAAAAAUGCUAUCAGAUGAAAGCAGAUGCUUUUUGUCAGGGAUAAAGAUAAGUCUGAACUUUUAUUAUCUCAUAUCCCUACCUCCUACAAGAUGCAUAGGCGCCAUCAUAACCAUCUAAAUCACUCCUGAGUCUCGAUGCACCCCUGAGGUAGUUUAAUAGAUUGUACCCGCAGCUGUUCUAGCUUUGGAAAGCACAUACCAUGUAAAUUGUAAUUGUGCCUUGAAUACGAUUUGCAUUUAUGCAAGACCCUCUCACCUGACAAGUCUUUGUGUCGGAAAAUAAGACUUGUUCACAUUUUGAGUUAUGGCUGUGUUGUAAAAGUUGUACCACUGUUUUGAAAACCAAAGGGUAAGGUCCAGUUUUAGUUGAUUUUCCAUAGUAAUGUCUGGUGUUUCAAUAGAACACUUACCAUUAUAGCUGUUAGGCAGUCUGCCUUUCUGGUGGAAAAAGUGUCAGGUUUUGAAUGUUGAAUGAUUUUAUUCCCGGGUGGCCAGAUUUCUGUUAGUGUCAUACACAGGUGUAAAUGAGACUUCCGUCUGUGUAUUAACUCUCCUAGUUAGUGCCUAGGGAGGCAUUUGUUAUCUCCCUUUCUGCCAUUUAAUAGCUGGCAGAGAGCAAAGGGCAUGGGAGAAGCGUUUGGUUACGUUCUUAUAUCCAGAACAACAUCUUUGAGACUUUCUUCAGAAGAUCCCACAGGUUUAUGUUAUUGUACAUCUAGCUAUCAUGUGUGUCCUGCUUUCCACUGGCCAUGAAAUUGGGCAGAGAGGAGACAGGGGAGUUCUAUGGAGAGAUACCUAUUGUUUUUCCACCUGGGCAGGGAUUUAAGUUAUGUCUUCUGAUGCAGGAAACUGAACAGGGAAAUAGUUUGGUUUUAUCUACUGGCUUUGAGUUGUACAAUCUCUUUAGAAGAGAAAUACACCAAUGACAGUUCGACAAAGCUUUGUUCUACUGCAGUGGACCCGUGCUUUCUGAAUCACUCACAGACACACACAUAUGUACAAUUUCCUAAAUUUGUUGAUUUAUAUUUUUAUUUUAAGAUUGCUUUCAAAGCUACAGCAUUUUUUUGACGUUGAAUUUAAAACUUCCUCAAGGGAUAGGAUCUAUUUUCAAGUGGGGAGUUUUUCUUCGAGUUAGUACCUGGAAGUAAUAUGGCAUUAACUGCCUCCAAGCAGCCAAAUUUUGUGCCGGAAGUUCCUAGCACGUUCAGGGGUGGUAGAAGAACCUGCCUCAACGUUAUUCUGUUAGAAAGUGUCCAUUUUCAUCAACAUUAAUUAUGCCUAUCUGGAAUGCCACUGCCUGGUUUAAGAACAAAAUCCCAAUAGUAUCAGCUUCUAAAAGUCACUAAUGCCAGUGUAAAUGUUCUAUUAUUUCACCUUCAUUUGUGUGGCUUUCUAAAUGUUCUCUGUAACUCACCAAUGUUCCUCCACCUGAUUGCUCUAUACUGGUGUCUAUGGUAAGUUAUUCAUAAUUGCAGUGUUAGAUCAUUGACACAGCUAUGAAGUUGACUCCCUUGAAUAUGUUCAAAGCUGGUAAUGUGCUUUUCCAUUAAUUUAAAACAAAACAAAUACAAGUUUUGUACCAAU